AUGAACAAUUAUAAUUAUGAAUUUCCAACAUUGAGCGAUGAUGAAGAUCAUCAAAACAUGGAAUCCGAAACUGAUUCUCAAAGUACGGAGAAUACCACAAAUGAGAUUUUAAAGGAAGGUUCCACCUUUAGGUAUUGGGAUGAAGCGGUUAAUGCCGGAAACCUCAAAAAAAAUAAAAUGGAUAAACAACCCGAAUCAAAAAAGAUUUCAUGUCCUUGGCAUGUCAAUUUAUCUUUACCAGCAAAAGAUAAUGUGAAAAAAUUAGUAAUCGUUACAAAAUUUAUCGGAAUAUUUGAAACAUCUCGAGAUGAACAUGACGUCAUCAAGAUCUUUAAUUUUUUAAUAAAACAAAAAGACAUUACGAUUUUGAACCCGGUACCACAACCCUAA